AUGAGGCACCACGUCGCGAGAUUAGUCAAAGAUGGACUCUAUAAAGAAGCCAUUGCCCUCUUCGCCUACAACCACUCUAAUGCACUCCCUCCAUCAAAAUUCACUUUUCCUUACAUACUCAAAGCCUGCGCAGACCUGAAGGCGGCCUCCCAUGGCCGAAUGCUCCACGCCCACCUCCUCAAGUCCGGACUUACAAACAAGCAUACUACCACCGACCUCACCAACAUGUACAUGAAACUCGGCCUGCUCCACUCUGCCGCCAACCUGUUUGACGAAAUUCCUAACCCGGGACUUUCCAUCCUUAACGUCCUCAUUUCCGGGUUAUCGCAAAACGGGCUUUUCCAGGAAAGCUUUAGGAUUUUCAGAGAGUAUAGCUUACCUAGUCUCAGGCUUGAUUCCGUCACGAUUGCCAGCCUGGCAUCUGCUUGUGUGAAUGUGGUCAAUGGGGUGCAGUUGCACUGUUUGGCGGUCAAGCUUGGUGUGGAAAGCAGUGCUUUUUCAGCGACUUCUCUUGUGACCAUGUAUUUGAACUGUGGGGAGCUGGGCUGGGCCGGGAG